CGGAUGGAGGGAAAGCAGCUCUACGUCUGAUGUGACUAGUGGUAGCGUUCUCUCUGCUGAGCAGCAUGUGGUCUCCGAAGACACUCACAACAUGUUGACGGGAUUCUUCACGGUGCAUAAUACUGUUGCAGGACAAUCAUCUCCAACACAGAGGCAACUGCGCAGCUUUUACAUGAGAGUGACAGGGAUGUAGACGACAACAGCAUUAAUAUAAUGACAUUACAUAGGAAUUAAACAUGAUAUGAAAUACAACAAAUAGAAGACCGAGAGCUACAAACAGGACUGUUACUGCGCUGUUCUCCAUCACCAUCAUCAUGGAGCCAGUUUGCACAAUGGGAACACAUCAUGGCUGUGACGGUUACUACUACCCCUGACGCUUGAGAAGUCACCACCAUGGAGACGGACAGCUACACCCCGACCCCAGCCCCAAGCGACUGGGAUGGGACGGUGGCAAGUGUGGGGGCCCUGGAGGGGGUCUCGGGGGAAAGUGUCUCCUCCAGCACAGCCUGGUACAUGCCCUACCCCUUGGGCUUCCAGGUGUCACUGACCGCCUUCCUCAUGCUAGAGCUGGUGCUAGGCUUCAGCAGCAACUUGACCGUGCUGGUGCUCUACUGCUCUCAGUCCAACCUGGUCGACUCGGUCAGCAACAUGGUCACGGUCAACCUGCAUGUGCUGGACGUGAUGUUGUGCGUGCUGUGUCUGCCUCUGACCCUGGUGGUGGUGCUUCUGCCCCCAGGGCCCAACCUGGCCCUGCUCUGCUGCUUCCAUGAGGCCUGUGUCACCUUCGCCUCCAUCGCCACCGCCAUCAAUGUGCUGGUCAUCAGCGUGGACCGCUAUGACAUCUCUGUCCGACCCGCCAACCGGUUGCUCACCCCGCAGAGGGCGGGGCUACUGCUGGCUGCCGUCUGGGCCACGUCUCUGGCCGUCUUCUUCAUCCCCUUUCUGGAGGUGGAGUUUCUCACCGGAGGGGCGGAGAGUAGACAGCACAGCUCCACCUCUUCCCCCGAUACCCCCCUGGCACUAGUGUGGCGUAACCGGACACUGCUUUGUGUAGGUGGACAGGGCUACCACACAGGCCUGGCCAUGUACUACCACCUGCUGCUGCAGGUGCCCAUCUUCUUUAUCACAGUGGCAGUCAUGCUGUUCACAUACUCACGGAUCCUGCGGGCCUUGAACAUUCGCAUCGGCUCCCAUAUUAAAAAGAGCCAAUGCUUCAGGGCACCCUCCUGCAGGGGGCGACGUAAAAUACAGAAGCAGAAGGCAGGGCUGGGAGUGUUAGAGGGAGGAGAGCAUUGUACAGACACAACCAAGCACCUAUCUCACCCUCCACUCAUCCCAUCCCCCACAGCCACCUCCCCCCGAGCCCUGUCCUCAGCCCCUCUGGUUAGCUCAGAAGGCGCUGCUGCUGCUGCCCCUGUCACCAGUCCCACUGUUCAGGCAUCUGUGUCGGCCAUCAUUGCCUUGCGGCGGGCCGUGAGGCGUCACCGGGACCGGCGGGAGCGCCAGCGGCGCGUCUUCAGGAUGUCACUCCUCAUCGUCUCCACAUUCCUAGGUUGCUGGGCUCCUCUGUCCGUGGCCAACGUGUUGAUCCUGGGCCUGGGCCCCAGUGACACCCUGGUCAGCCUGCGCCUCUGGUUCCUGGCCCUGGCCUAUGGCACCACCAUCUCCCACCCACUGCUCUAUGCCUUCACCAGGCAGAAGCUGCGGCUUGCCCUCAGAGCCAAGGUGAAGAAGAGGGUGGUGUCACUACUGCAGGUGGACCCCUCGCCAGGAGAGACCGUCACACACAACUCCUGGGUGGAGCCAAGGAAGGGACGACAGUUACAGCUGGAGGGCAGCGAAACCAUUGACCGUUGCCUGGUAGAGCCCCUGAAGAAUAGCACACACUAGCUGCACCCCCUCCCCCCCCCCCCUCCCUCCCCCCCCUCCCCCCAGGUGCAGGACCGGGUUUAGGGAACCCUGCUGUAUAUCACUGAGUGCAAACACUAAGAUACUUAUGUAACUUCUUUACAGUAGCCUAUAUGAGUGUCUGUUUGGCCAGCAGAGGAUCAGAAUUCCACCCACUCAAGCAUUGGAAGGCAGCUUCUAAGACAACACAAAAACAUUGGCACCCAUAUAGAUACACAAAUACAUAUUAUUUUGGAUCUGCUAAAUACAGAUGUAGGACCUUAAUUGAAGCCAGUUCACUACAAAAGGAAAAUAAUCCUGCAUCAACAACAGGAAAUGUGAAUUAUUAUGUGGAUUGUAAUUAAUGGACAUUUUUUAUACGGUUUGUUAAAAAUUGUUUAGGGUAAAUCAAGUCUGACAUUUUAAAGUGGAAAUGAUAAAAUAUAGAUGCCUUUUUAAAACUUGAAUGCACAGCAAGAUUGCAUUUCCUGCUGAGCAGGAAAAUGGUCAGCAACAAAAGAGUGAUCAAAUGAAGAUCCUACAUCUGUAUUACACAUGCCUUAACUAUUUUAAGAAUGGGUUUAAAGGUGUCAUUGAUUCUGAACAAGAAGAUGUAUAUAUCCUACUGAUAUAAUAUAAGAUGGAGCUAUGUACAUAGUGUCCACUAUUAUCUAUUCAAAUAUACAGUGACUUCAGAAAGUUUUCAGACCCCUUGACUUAUUCAAUAUUUUGUUGAGUUACAGAUGGAAUUCAAAUUGGGUUGAAUAGAGUUUUGGACUCACCCAUCUACACACAAUACCCCAUAAUGACAAAGUGAAAACAUGUUUUUAGAAAUGUUAACAAAUGUAUUUAAAAAAUAAGUAUUCACACCCCUGAGUCUAUACAUGCUAGAAUCACCUUUAGCCGCGAUUACAGAUGUCAUUCUUUCUGGGUAAAUCUCUAAUAGUAAAUCUCACCAGAAUUUGCAAAUAAAUUCAUUAAAAAUCCUACAAUGUGAUUUUCUGGAUUUUUUAAACUCAUUUUGUCUGUCAUAGUUGAAGUGUACCUAUGAUGAAAAUUAUAGGCCUCUCUCAUCUUUUUAAGUGGGAGAACUUGCUCAAUUGGUGGCUGACUAAAUACUUUUUUGCCCCACUGUAUGUGACUUAUGCACAUUUUUACUCCUUAACUUAUUUGUUGUUUACUCCAUGUGUAACUCUGUGUUAUCUGUUCACACUGCUAUGCUUUAUCUUGGCCAGGUCGCUGUUGCAAAUGAGAACUUGUUCUCAACUAGCCUACCUGGUUAAAUAAAGGUGAAAUGAAAAAUGUUUAUUUAUUUUUAUUUAUUAGGCUUUCCAUAACAAAGGGGUUGAAUAUUUAUUGACUCAAGAGCUUUCACCUUUUCAUUUUUUAUGAAUUUGUAAAAGAUUAUAAAAUCAUAAUUCCACUUUGACAUUAUGGGAUAUUGUGGGUAUAACAUUGACACAAAAAUCUCAAUUUAAUUCAUUUUAAAUUCAGACUGUAACACAACAAAAUGUGGAAGAAGACAAGGGGGUAUGAAUACUUUCUGAAGGCACUGUAAAUAGAGAGAGGAGGGGAGAUACAGAGAGGUUAAAGAUCUCCCUAUGUAAUAGACUGUUGCAUUGGAUUGUUUGUAGUAAACAGAUGACUGGCAAUGUUUUAAUGUUGACAGAUGAACUUCCACAAAGCUCAUAAAUGUGUCCACAAAUCAAUAAAUGCUGAUCUACAACUCCUCCCCUCCCUCCCUUCCUUCCUCCCUCUCUCUCUCUCUCUCUCUCUCUCAUGCUGUUUAAUCAGCUUCUUGAUAUGCCACACCUGUCAAGUGGAUGGAUUAUCUUGGCAAAGGAGAAAUGCUCAACUAACAGGGAUGUAAACAGAUUUGUGACCAAUAAGCUUUGUGCAUAUGGAACAUUGUGACCAAUAACCUUUGUGACCAAUAAGCUUUGUGCAUAUGGAACAUUGUGACCAAUAACCUUUGUGACCAAUAAGCUUUGUGCAUAUGGAACAUUUCUGGGAUUUUUUAUUUCAGCUUAUGAAACAUGGGACCAACACUUUACAAGUUGUGUUUAUCUUUUUGUUCAAUAUAGGUUGACAGCGAUUCUGAUGCUAAUAAAUAUCUGUCUGCAUUGAGAGAGAGAGAGAGAGAGAGAGAGAGAGAGAGAGAGAGAGAGAGAGAGAGAGAGAGAGAGAGAGAGAGAGAGAGAGAGAGAAAGAGAGAGAAAAAGAGAGAAAGAGGGAGAGAGAGAGAGAAAGAGCGAGAGAGAGAGCGAGAGAGAGAGAGAAAGAGAGAGAGAGAAAAAGAGAGAGAGAGAGAGAGAGAGAGAGAGAGAGAGAGAGAGAGAGAGAGAGAGAUGUAAUAUACAGUGUUGUGUUGGAUAGUUUGUAGUAAAUAGAUGACAAACAAUGUUUAAUUGUUGACAGAUAAACUUCCACAAAGCUCAUAAAUAUGUCCACAAAUCACUAUUUGGCACUGAAUUUGUAAUCAUGUAUUGAUAUUUAUCUGUUGUGAUGUAUUGUAUAUAAAAUAGACAUUGUAACUUAUUCAAUGUGAUUUCCACCUUGUCGGUUGGUCCCCACAUCAUUUGGUCAUAUUACAAAGAGUGAUGUUGUUAUAGUAGAGGACAUCUGUCAUGGCCAUCUUGUCAACCCUUGUGUCAAACCAAUUAAACACCUUUGUACCUGCAAAAGUCCCCAGAGCCGGGCGCAAAUGAACAGGACAGUGUUUUUGUAAUAAUUUGCCUGUAGGAAUAAUUUGCCUGUAGGAAACACAGGUAGGUUUGUAUACUACUGGUAUAUUUAGGGUUAGUAAGCAAGCAUUCUAUGGUAAAGUCUACACCAGUUGUAUUUGGUGCAUGUGACAAAUAAAUAUGCCGGGAGUAGAUUUGAUUUUAGCCUACAUAGUUUUGAAAAAAUGUAUUCGUUAUUUGCGCAUAUGGGUAAAAAAAUAAGAUGAGAAAAUAAAGGACUGAAAAAAGAAGUUAAACGUGUAUGCCACAGGAGGUUGGUGGCGUUUUAAUGGGGAGGACAGGCUCGUGGUAAUGGCUGGAGUGGAAUUAGUGGAAUGGUAUCAAAUACAUCAAACACAUGGCCAUUCCAUUUUCUUUCAUUUUCCAUUCCAGUCAUUAUUAUGAGUCGUCCUCCCCUCAGCAGCCUCCACUGGUGUAGGCGAGGUAAAAACUAAACAGAACACUAUUGGCUAAUCAAACUCCCAGUGGGACUGUGUCUUAUAGACUUAUCAUCAUAAAACCUGAGACAAAUGUGAUGGAUUUAUGCAACUGAAUGUUCAUACCUGCUUUAUAUACGCACAUGCAUCACAUGUAUUCAUUGUAUAAAUUCCCAUUGUGUUGUUUUCUUGUAUCUAAAUGUUUUGAGAGAAGACAAUGAAAAUAUCAAUAAAUGUGAUUAUUGU